GCGCACACAGCUUUUGGCCGUGAUAUUAUUUAGAUAUCUAUGUAUUAUAUUAAAUAUUUAUAAUGGGCCAUAAUCACUAUCUCCUCCAUGCUGGGUUUACUCUGUGUCACGACCCCACUGGUAUCUAGGGAAAACCGGCUCUCUGUCUAGGCAGGAGUCGAGACACAUACGUAGUAUAACCACAGCUGGUAGGCAACUAGCUUCCGGGGCACGUGUGUAGUGACUCACCUGGGUUCCUGGUGAGCGCUGCUCCUUCUCUCUCUUGUUAUGGGGAUAGCCCAAGCGUUGUGGUGAACGGUAGCUGUCUCGUUCAGUUAUGGUUUACAUGUUUAGACAAACACUUGACAAACAAAGAUGGUGAAGGGGCGGUCACGUUCCCCCGUUGGACUCCUUAGCUCUGGAGUGUACUGGCAUCUGGGUGAAUGGCUUUACAAAGUCUUAUCCUGCCGGGGCCGUAACCACUGGCCACCAUGCUGUAUAUAUCCACCAUCUUGGAUCCCCCAGGUGACCCCAAUCAACCAAUCAAGGGAGCCACUCCCACUAGUGAUGGCAGUGUGACGCUGAAGCUUCGGUACGUGCUUCAAACCCUGAUCUACAACUCCCAAGAAGCACUGCUUCGAAGCUUGCUUCAGAGAAAAAGUCACGUGACAUGUGACGUCCGAAGCAGCAACUGGUUCGUUGCCUGAAUGAAUCACUCCACUGGUCCGCGGCUCGGUGGAGAAGCUUUGAGCAAAAAAAAGAAACCGACUCAAUCCAUAAGCCGUUGAAAAACGAAGGCAGCCUACCCCAAUACCAAUUAUUUGAGUGUCUAACCCCAUCCCACAUAAUCACCCCCUUUCAAAGUUACUCAAGCACACCCAACCACCUUGCCCGAAGCCAGGUCACCGCCUAAUUAUUUAAUGAAAAAAAGAAAAUAACAACACACAAUCGGAGCAACAACCGAGUACGGGAGCGAAGAGUAUUUAUGUAAUAAAACAUGUGUUGUGUCAACAAGAUUAGGGUAGGGGAUAACACACUGACUCUGGUGCAAAAGACCGGGGUUCUAUUCUCGGUACGAAGAAUAGGGCAUGGCAAUUUUAUUUAUAUAGCACAAUUCAGGCACAAGGCCAUUCAAAGUGCUUUACUGGGGCAAGAUUGAAAUACAAUGCAUAUUAGAAAAGCGAAUGAAUAAAACAUUAAAAAGCGAAUGAAUAGAAUAAGAAUAAGUCAAUAUGUUAUUUGUUUUUAUAAAAUGCUGUUUCAAUAUCCUAGUCUACUAGCCUAUUUGGACAUAGGCUGGUCUACCCUUUUAAGAACAAUUUAGACAUCUGUAUUUUGUUAAGAUGUAUCUUAUUCGUAAAUGUAUCAUAAUAAAACCACGUGACAUAUGACAUCCGAACCACCAACUGCUUUGUUGCCUCACCGGCUUGGUUCGUGGUCCAAUCAAGUGUUUCAAUGCGCCAAUGAAUCGCCUCGUAUCUGACAGGUGACAGGUUGACACUUAACCUGUCACACUUAGCGCCAUAAACCCUUUAUAAACUCUCGAAACAAUGGACAAUAUGUGGGUUGUUGUAAUAGCGCCUACCCCGUUACUGUCGAGUUGUUGGAAUUGUUGGAAUUGUUGGUAUCGCAUUUGUAUUGGAUUUUUGUCUGAUAAUUAUGGAGCCAGCCAGGAAGAGAGGUCGUUCUAGCAUGUGGGAACACUUUGAUCUGAUCGCACCUGAUAAGGUAGGUGUGCUAGCUGUUUAAUACUAUAUAUGGUUUAAUAUGAAACAUAGGAAAAUAUAUGUACAUAUACAACAGUAACUUCCUGACAGUAAUAGACCAUAUGUAUGUGCAGACCAUAGCUAUAUAGCCAAUAUAUAGGCCAAGGCAAUAUAGCUAUGUUCUAUGUCAUGUCUAUAUAAGGUAGCUAUAGGUAUAGGUGUUUACACUCAAACUGCAUUUUUAUUUGCUAAUGGCUUUCUCUACAGGUCCGGUGCUUGGUGUGUUCAACUGAGCUGAAGUAUCAUGGGAAUUCUUCCUCCAUGAUUAGGCACUUCACUGCCAAGCAUGGAGCUGCUAACCAGGGUAACUCACCUCAAGUGGACCGGAAGCAACAGCUGGAUGAGGCUCUGGUGAACAUGGUGGUGGAGGACUCACAGCCUUUUUCCAUCGUUGAGGACGGUGGAUUCAAGGCAUUUGUGGCAUUGCUGGAUCCAACCUACACCAUGCCAUCCAGAAAGGCUGUGAAGAACAUGGUUUUCCGGAAGUACGAGGAGGAGAAGACCAAGGCCAAGGCUGCCAUGCAGAAGGUGCAGGCUGUGAGUCUGACUUCAGACAUGUGGACCUCCAUUAAUAUGGAGGCCUACCUAGCAGUCACCUGCCAUUAUGUCGAUGACACUUCGAAGCUGGCCACAGUGCUUUUGGGAGUGCGGCCUUUCCCCGAGACUCAUACGGCUGUGAACAUUUCUGCAGCAAUGAGGUCUCUCAUGGAGGAAUGGGACAUUGAGAGUAAAGUGGCUUCGAUUGUGACGGAUGCGGGAGCCAACAUGAUUGCCUGUGUCGGAAUGUUGAAUUUGAGACAUGCACUUUGUUUUGCACACACUCUCAAUUUAGUGGUGAAGAAGUCCAUUGAUGCUACACCAGGUCUAGAAGACAUACGCACAAGGGCACGCAAAGUUGUCACCUUUUUCAGAACGAGCACUACAGCAAAGGAGAAGCUGAAAGAAGUGCAGGAGCAACUGAACAGGCCAGUGAUGAAGCUCAUCCAAGAAGUGGACACACGCUGGAACAGCACCUUCCUUAUGCUCCAGCGCCUCUUCCAGGAGAGACAGGCAGUAGGGGCAGCUCUCGCUAUACUGACGACAGAUGUGACACCCAUGUCCUCUGAGGAUUAUGAAGCAACGGCUGCGUGCCUACAUCUGCUUGCCCCCUUCAACCAGGCAACCGUUGAACUUUCAGAGGAGAAAAUAGUGUCAGGGUCCAAGGUCAUUCCAAUGACCAAAAUGUUAAAUAUAUAUCUGCAUGGGGAGAUGCAGAACACAAGGCACCCCACAGCAAAACUGUUGGGACAGAACCUCCUAUUAUUUAUGCAAAAAAAAAUUGAAACUGCAGAGACCCAGACAGCCCUGACACUGGCAACACUUCUGGAUCCCAGAUACAAGACGAUGGGAUUCAAUAAUCAAAUACAGGCGCAGGCAUCAGUGAAAAGACUGACAGCACAAUGCACACUUUUAAUGAGGGACACGGUGGACACACCACCUGACACACCGACAGAGGAACAUCCCUCCACAUCGGCCCAAACAGCAACAGCGAAUGUGGAAAAUCCUCCUUCAACAGUGAUAAACCUGUGGGAAAGCCUCGACAGAGAUGCCUCCCAGGCAAGAAAGGGGAGGAACGCAACAGCAGAUGCAACAGUCGAGGUGCAGCGCUAUUUGAUGGAUCCACCCAUAGCAAGAUGUGAAGAUCCACUGAAAUACUGGCGGGAACAUCAAAAUGUGUACACUCAUUUAUUCAAGCUGGCGAACACAUUUUUAUGUACGCCAGCAUCCUCGGUACCAUCGGAGCGAAUUUUCUCCAAAUGUGGAGAAAUUGUGAGCAAGAAGAGAAACCGGCUCAACCCUAAAACUGUGGAAAAAAUAAUGUUCCUAAAUAAAAAUCUUUCAAUGUUCCACAAUCACCCCGUAUUUCCAUCAUUACCUCCUGUCAUAGUUUCACAAGCACAUCCAACCUAUGCCAUCUUUUCCCAGCCCAUUCUCCUCAGUAACACAAGCACAAUAGGCCUACACACAUUCAUGAAUCUUAUUUUUUUUAUAUUUAGAAGUUUAUUGAGCAGGGACAAAUUCAUUGUUUCAUAUAAAAUAGAUGCCAUGCAUGCAGGUUUCUAGACAAGACUAAUUUGCAACCCAUGUCCCUGGUUUUCUAAAUAUAACAUGAAAUCCGGGCUUAGUGUAAGUGUGUACCAACUCAUUUUCCGUGUUUCGGUGGAGAAGCUUUGAGCAAAAAAAGGGCAGACAAAGCAGCUUGCUUCAGGUCGAAAAAAAUCACGUGACAUGUGACGUCCGAAGCAGCAACUGAUUCGUUGCCUGAAUGAAUCACUUGACUGGUCCGCGCC